AUGAUGGCCCUUGUUAUGGAACCUAUUAGCAAGUGGACGCCGAAGCAAGUAGUGGACUGGAUGAAAGGUCUUGACGACUGCCUACAGCAAUACAUUAAAAACUUUGAGAAAGAAAAGAUCAGUGGGGAGCAGUUGUUGCACAUCACUCAUCAGGAGCUGGAAGAAUUGGGAGUCACUCGGAUUGGCCAUCAAGAGCUGAUUCUAGAAGCGGUUGAUCUUCUCUGUGCCUUGAACUAUGGCUUGGAGACUGAAAAUCUGAGAACGCUUUCCCACAAGCUGAACGCAUCUGCCAAAAAUCUUCAAAACUUCAUCACGGGUAGAAGAAGGAGCGGUCAUUAUGACGGACGGGCCUCCCGAAGACUGCCAAAUGAUUUCCUUACCUCCGUCGUGGACUUGAUUGGUGCUGCCAAAAAUUUGCUUGCCUGGUUAGACAGGUCUCCAUUUGUCAGUGUGACAGAAUACUCACUGCUGAAAAAUAAUAUUGUUCAGCUCUGCUUAGAACUCACUACCAUUGUUCAACAGGAUUGUACAGUGUAUGAAACAGAAAAUAAAAUUCUUCAUGUGUGUAAAACGCUGUCUGGUAUCUGUGAUCAUAUCAUCUCUCUUUCAUCAGAUUCUCUGGUGUCUCAGUCAGCUCAUCUUGAAGUUGUUCAUCUUACCAGCAUCAUGCCCAGUGAAGGUUUGGGAAUGUAUAUUAAGUCAACCUACGAUGGACUACACGUGAUCACUGGAACAACAGAAAAUGUUGGCUGGCAGUUAAAGAAUCUGGUCAAUGCAUUGCGUGAAGACCCAAACGGCGUGAUCUUAACAUUGAAGAAGAGACCUCAGAAUACCCUCGUUUCUGCUCCGGCCCUACUCAAAAAUGUCAGGUGGAAACCCCUUGCUCUCCAGCCUGUGAUUCCAACCAGCCCAACAAGCAGUUUCACCACACCAACCAGCACAAUGGGUAUGAACUCCAAAAUGGACAACUCGACACUGCAAGAUGUGUUCAUCUUCUCCCCCGUGUCAGGACUCUAUGGCCCCAGGGAUGACAUCGGCCUUGUGUCAUGUGAUGAAAUCAGCAAAUACGGGAUUGGGAAGUCUGCCAUGAAAGGUUCUGAAUCUCCAAGCUACUUUUUGGAACAAGAAAGUGGGAAGUAUUACACGUUAAUUGAAGGCGAGGAUCAUCCCAUGAGUUCUGAAUAUGAAAGAGGUAGAGUGACAGGGGUACGGAGAAGAGAAAAGACACCUAUGCAUGGUGAUCUGAGGCCAGUUUCUAUGUCAACAGAAUACAGCUGGAUAGGAGAUUCAAAAGAGCCAAACAUGUACAAGAGGGGUAGUCGUGAUUCUGAGAACUCACUCCUACGAUAUCUGAGUGAUGACAAGAUCUUAGUCAUCCAAGAAGAACCAUUGACCCAAAAAGAUAACAAGCGUGAUACAGGCCGGCGGUCCAGGAAGAAGGGCAAGAACAGUGGAAGUCCUAACUAUCCUGUUAGCUCCUCCGUGAUGACCUCAUCUACUAAUGUACGGCUUGAACCCGGACAACAGGAUGUCCUAAAUUUCUCCUUAGCUGAAAGCAACACCGUCCCCCUCUAUCACAGAACAGGAGACGCUGCCGGAGAUUCUGAAAGGUAUGUCAGCUCUGUUGCUGAGCGCCAAGGAGGUACAGCUAUGAGAAAGUCAUUUCACUAUGCUUCCCUGAGGGUAAAGAGCAAAAAAUGGCCCAAAGGUGGUUCUCUGAACAACAGUAGCCGGCGGCGAAUUUCCUGUAAGGAUUUGGGCCACGGUGACUGUGAGGGUUGGUUAUGGAAGAAGAAGGAUGCCAAAGGUUACUUCACCCAGAAGUGGAAAAAAUACUGGUUUGUCCUGAAGGAUUCUUCCCUCUACUGGUACACUAACCAAAACGAUGAAAAGGCAGAAGGAUUUAUCAGUUUACCCGAGUUCAGAAUAGACAGAGCAAUUGAAUGCAGAAGGAAACAUGCUUUCAAGGCUUGCCACCCCAAAAUCAAGAGCUUCUACUUUGCAACAGAUUGCCUGGAAGAAAUGAACCGAUGGAUGAACCGUCUAGGUCUGGCUGCCAUUGGUUACACACCUGAUGACAAGGAUAUUCGGCCAGAUGAAGGUGAGAUUCUUUUCUUGAUGAUGAAUUCUUCAAGUCCAUUCCCUGAGCCCAAACAUGGCCGUCACUUCUCCAAUGAAUCAACCUAUUCCCAUUCUUCUGCAGAAGAAUCCCGACAGGAUCCAGCAGCAGGGAGCACUCACUCUGCAGGAGGUUCUAGACCUCCCUACAGAGAACGGCGUUCGUGGCAGGAUCUUAUAGAGACUCCGUUGACCAGUUCAGGACUCCAUUUUCUCCAGACUGUCCCUACUGAUUCAGACUAUGUGAACGAGAGAUUUGGGGUGUCCCCGGAGAGGCGGCGACAAGCCACCUUACCUGUCCAGAGACGCCACAACCACGAUCAGGAUGGCCCUUUCCCAUUGGUCGAGUGCUACAAAGGUCACAGUUCUCACUCCAAGCCCCAGAAGCAAAGAAGCCAAAGCCUUCCACGAAAUCGCGAUGUCCGGAUCAAAGGGCGAGUAAAAACGAGUGGGAUCUCUGAAGAGCGGUCGGAAGAGGAAUUGGCCGUUAAAAAGCCGAGUAACUUGUGUGAAGAGGAAAAAGUAGAAGAACGAAGGAAGAGCACCGAUGGUCUUCAUGAACUCUACAAGACUUUGGAACAAGCCAGCUUGUCAGCCUUUGGAGAGCAACGCCCUUCCACCAAGCAGGAAUUCCGGAGGUCCUUCGUAAAGAGAUGCAAUGACCCUGUCAUCAAUGAAAAGUUGCAUCGCAUCAGAGUACUGAAAAGUACUUUAAAAGCCAAGGAAGGAGAUCUGGCCAUGAUCAACAACUUGCUCCACGAACCUAACUUGACGUCCAAGAAAUUCAAGGAAUGGAAAAUAAAGAACUAUGAGUUUUUCCUGGACAUUUGUGAGUACAGCGGUGCUUUGAAAGCCAAGAACGGAGCUUCUGAACUCACCAUUACGGCCUCUCUGCUCUCACACACACAUUCCUUCAUCGAAACCCACGUCUGACCAUGUGAGGGCAGAGAGCAACUGGGGGGGGGGAGAAACGAUCCCUUUUGUGACAAAACACUGUAACCCAUGUCAAUAAUGUAUCCAGCUAUAUUGUAAAUAGAUUGGAUAAGAAUUUAGUACCAUCGGAUGCCUACUGCAUUGCAUGAUGAGACAGAUUUCUUUAUUUUUACUCCCCCUUUUCCAGAAUUAUUUAGGGUUGUUUUCUAAAUCUGAUUUGGUAAAGAAGCAGCGUAGAAGGAUCAACGGGCAUAAAAUGACACAAAACUGCAGCAUAUUUAUAACACCAGUAUACUUACCCUUAUUUUAAAAAAAAAACAAGCAAACGUUGGAGUGCAGUCCACAGGAUUCCUCUUUCUUUUAUAUAUGUAGAUAUACUGCACCUACUCGUAUCUAUGUAUAUAAAAAGGAAUGU